UCGCAAGUCGUAAGCAGCAACACUGUCUCCAGAUUUGUGUGCGCCGGCAUCGCACGUGAACGUGUCGCAAAAAUCUCAAAUAAUUAGUGAAAUCAUAAUGUCUGACGAAUAUUUCUACGGUAUAACUCUGUCAUCAUCACACAAGACAGAAACAUGGGACCCCGAAGCCAAAGCGGAAUAUCCCCGCAGUAAUAAGUUACUCAUUCGUCAAGCCCUACUCGGUCCAGAUGCACAGCCCGACGAGCUAAACGUUGUACAGGUGGAGACAAUGUGUCUUCAGGAGUCCAUUAAAAUCCCUGUCGCUAUCCUUAAAGUGGGAGAGACGAGGCAAGCACGUCUUGAUAUUGAAUUCCCAGAUGCGCCUGUCACCUUCACACUCAUGCAGGGAUCAGGGCCUGUACAUCUGAUAGGUCAGCAUCUCUUGGGGGCUCUGGUUGAAGAGUUCGAAGAUAUGGAGGAGAUGGAAGAGGAAAUGCUUGAUGAGGAGGAAGGUGAAGACGCUCAGUUUAAGGAAGAUGAGAAUAAACGGAAAGGACCUUCAGGCAAACGCAAGACGAAUGAGGAUGAAGACGAUGAGGAAGGUGAAGGGCAAAAAGGCAAAAAAGCCAAAAUGUCAAACAAUGCCAAAGGCAAAGCACCCUCGCCCAAGAAGAAUGCCAAGAAGUGAACCUACCGCCUGCGUCCUCCGCUCCGCCGCGAUCAAUAAUAAACAAAUUCCACAAAGACUGACAAUUCACUUUGAUUUUUUAUCCAUACUAGGUAAUCCGUUUCCGUCUCAAAGGAUUAGUAUUUCGUUGUCCGUAGUCGCGCGGAGCGGCGCCUCCGUUAGUUGUAACUACAUAGUGUUGUAAUUCAGCCUAGGUUAGCGUUGUUUCAACUUGAGUGAUUGAGAGAGUGGACGUGUGUACAUGCUCGUGAAUGUCUUAUCAGUCGAGGUAUCUGCGACUAUUUAACCGACCCUAGUGGUCACUUACGAUCGCGUGUGAUUUCGAAAUAUUUUUUCUGAACUUAAUUUUUUUUUUCAUUCCAUACUGUGGUAUAAUGUAUGGCAAAUUUAUUGAUAAGUAAAUUCACAGAUGUAUUUUUAAGUUAAGACUUAAGUGUAAUCAGUGUAUGUUUAGACAUUGAUCAUUUUGUAUUGUUUAGCUGGCCACUAUGUAAUUCUGUUACUAACGAGUUCUGUCUUCAGAAUGAAAACUGAAUAAUCUAUUAUAGUUUGUUUGUACAUAUACAUAUAAAACAUAAGAACCGUAAUAAUAAAAUAAAACCAUUUCUAAA